GCGGCCGAACGCACAGCGAGUCCGCGGGAGUCGGGGAAGUGGGGCCGCCGGGCGCGCGGGGCGGGCGGCGAGCGGAGCCGGCCGGAGCGGGCCGGGCAGCAGCCGCCGCCGUCCCGGAGCGCGCGCGUGCGCGCGGUCGGGCUGGUGGGCGGGAGGAUGGAGCUGAACUCCCUGCUGAUCCUGCUGGAGGCGGCCGAGUACCUGGAGCGCAGGGACCGAGAGGCCGAGCACGGCUACGCCUCGGUGCUGCCCUUCGACGGCGACUUCGCCAGGAAGAAAACAAAGGCGGCCGGCCUGGUGCGCAAGGCCCCGAACAACAGGUCUUCACACAACGAACUAGAAAAGCACAGACGAGCCAAACUCCGGCUCUACCUGGAGCAGCUCAAGCAGCUGGUGCCCCUGGGCCCGGACAGCACCCGCCACACCACGCUGAGCCUCCUGAAGCGCGCCAAGAUGCACAUCAAGAAACUGGAGGAGCAGGACCGCCGGGCGCUGAGCAUCAAGGAGCAGCUGCAGCGGGAGCACGGCUUCCUGAAGCGGCGCCUGGAGCAGCUGUCGGCGCAGAGCCUGGAGCGCGUGCGCACGGACAGUACAGGCUCCGCUGUCUCCACCGAUGACUCGGAGCAAGAAGUGGACGUGGAGGGCACGGAGUUUGGCACCGGCGAGCUGGACAGUGUUGGCAGCGGCAGUGACGUGGACGACCACUACAGCCUGCGUGGCGGCUGCAGCCACGGCAGCUACGGGCCCCCCUGCAGGCGGCCUGGCCGCCCCGGCCUCUCGUAGGCUCUGCCCUGGGCUCCUCGGCCCGCCCGCCCGCCCAGCCGAGCGUGUCAACCCUCUGGUCCUUGAAGUCUCUCCACGGGCCCACCGCUGUGCCAUUCUGGAAGCUCCGCCCGCCGCCUGGGCUGCCCGCCUCCGCCCGCCUGCCGGUCAGGGCCUGCCGCGCCGCCCGCUCCUCCCACCCGGGCAGGGACCCCUACGGGGAGGCGGGGCCCAGCUCCCACGUCCCGGAGCCCAGCAUAGCCGCCCACGGUCUGUUCUCAGAUUCCUAAUCAUUCCAGAAGUAUUAAAUAUCAUUGCUGCAAACCUC